AUGCUCUACUCUCUUCUCUAUCUAACCUUAAUCCUCGCAAUUCUUUUCUCUCUACACACCCAAAUUGCUCACAAAUUACUCAUAGGCCACCACCCGCUUCACGUCAAGAGAUCCCCACAUCUCCCUCUCAGGUUCAGCUCUGAUGGCACCUUCAAAAUCCUUCAGGUGGCUGAUAUGCAUUUUGGAACUGGGAUGGUGACAAGUUGCAGAGAUGUGUUGUCUUCUGAGUUUGCUUACUGUUCUGAUCUUAACACCACUCGUUUUCUUAAGAGGAUCAUUGAAUUCGAGAAGCCUGAUUUCAUUGCUUUUACAGGAGAUAAUAUAUUUGGUUCAAGCACUCCUGAUGCUGCCGAAUCUCUGCUUCGUGCCUUUGCACCUGCCAUGGAAGCUGGACUUCCAUGGGCAGCGGUUUUAGGAAACCAUGACCAAGAAUCUACGAUGAAUCGAGAAGAAUUAAUGUCUUUCAUAUCACUAUUGGAUUACUCGGUUUCGCAAACCAAUCCAUCCGUGGAAGAUGCAUCUAGGGCCACCAAAGGCGAUAUAAUAACAGAUAUUGAUGGCUUUGGAAAUUAUAAUCUCGAAGUAUAUGGUGCUCCAGGUUCCCAUUUGGCGAAUAUCAGUGUUCUUGAUCUUUUCUUUCUUGACAGUGGAGACAGGGAGGUUGUUCAAGGAGUUAAAACUUAUGGAUGGAUUAAGGAAUCUCAACUUCAUUGGCUUCGUGGUGUUUCCAAGGGAUAUCAGGGCCAAAAGGAGGAUCGUCAUCUCUUGGCAGAGGCUUUGCCAUCAGCUACACCCUGUGCAUUGGCUUUUUUCCACAUCCCAAUUCCAGAAGUUCGACAGCUAUACUACCAAAAUAUUAUUGGCCAGUUUCUGGAAGGUGUGGCUUGUUCAUCAGUUAACUCAGGAGUGUUACAGACCCUUGUAUCCAUGGGAGAUGUGAAGGCUGUGUUCAUAGGCCAUGAUCACAAGAAUGACUUUUGUGGGAAUUUAGAAGGUAUAUGGUUUUGUUAUGGUGGAGGCUUUGGGUAUCAUGCUUAUGGAAGAGUUGGUUGGCCACGGAGAGCAAGGAUAAUAGUAGCUGAACUUGAAAAGGGUGAUAAUUCUUGGAUGGGAGUGGAGAGGAUCAGGACAUGGAAGCGUCUUGAUGAUGAGAAGCUGAGCAAGCUUGAUGAACAGGUCUUAUGGGAAUUACACCAGACAAGAUGA